UUAAUGUAUUUAAUUUCGUCUUUAGGUGAGAAAUAGCUAUCACAACUCUUUAAUUGUACUGAUUAAUUGUACUGUAUCAAGAUCUCAAGAUUUCAUGUCCUUUCAUGAAAAGUUAUGACCAGCCAUACAUGGAACUUUUCCUAAUACACUUUCAAAGAUGAUGAAAUAUAUGCCCGAUCAACUUUCCCUUGACGGGGUGACAAACGCGUUUUUACUAGACGGCACACAUGAUCAAAAGAGGUCACCCUGCCAUCCUGCAGAGUAUCACCGCACAAACAAUAGAAGGAACAAGGUUAGCUAGAUUCCAACGUAUCUGCAAAUAUGUACGGUUUGGACACAGGCACCGAAGAUGUGGAGCGAACCGCAUUCAGAAAGGCAGAGAAGAAGUACAAGUUCUACUACGAUAGCAACAGAAAGAAAAAACAUCCGAGACCUGUGGAUUUAUCAGAGGUGAUUGAUUUCAAGUCCAUCGCUGAGUGUUAUGCCAAGAAUGCCGAGCUCCCUGCUGGAAUUUCUGUGCUUCGAUGUGAUUUUGGUCGACCUGUUUUCUGCUUGGAAAGCCAUCCAGGAUUUUAUUUCAUUCCUGGUGCAUUAAGCAUUAAGGAACAGUGUUGUUGGAUAAAGGAGAGUUUAACUAGGUUUCCACAGCCACCUAAUAGAACAAACCACAAUGCCAUAUAUGGACCUAUAAAGGACUUAUUUGUUUCUUCCAAACAAGGCAUGGUAUUAGUUGAAGAGGAGCAGUCAUGCCAGAUGAAUGGUACUGAUGCUAACAAUGAUCCAAGUGUGGCAUGUGCUACUUCUUGGAAGUUUUCUGAUGUACAGAGUUUGUCAUCGAGAGGAGAAGCAUGCAAAUCAGUACCUGCCUCUGUUUUGCUUCGUAAGUUACGAUGGAGCACCCUAGGCUUGCAGUUUGACUGGUCCAAGAGGAGCUACAAUGUAUCUUUAUCUCAUAACAAAAUACCGGAUGAACUUUGCCAGCUUUCUUCAAAACUGGCAGCUCCUGCCAUGCAACCAGGCGAAAAAUUCCGGCCUGAAGCAGCAAUUGUCAAUUACUUUGGUCAAGGUGAUAUGCUCGGUGGUCACCUUGACGACAUGGAAAAAGAUUGGAGCAAACCUAUUGUGAGCAUGAGUUUGGGAUGCAAAGCUAUUUUCCUCAUUGGCGGGAAAUCUAGGGAGCAAAUGCCCCUUGCAAUGUUCUUACGUAGCGGUGAUGUUAUCCUUAUGGAAGGAGCUGCAAGGGAAUGCUUCCAUGGUGUUCCCCGGAUCUUCACCGACAAGGAACAUGCUGAAAUUUCAGAGCUGGAGUCGAGCUUUUCUUCAGACGAAGGUGACUCCUCAUUGUUGGAAUACAUUAGGGUUUCCAGAGUAAACAUCAAUAUCAGGCAAGUUUUCUGAUCAUCACCAUACCCAAAGUGACACAAAAAAAACAUAGCGCCUUCAUCACAUGAUACCGAAAGUCACUUCUUCUUCUCGGCCCCUCAAGAUGUGGCUCUGCAAAUAUUGUACGCCGUAUUUCGCGUUAGGAUUUUGUAUUGCACUUGUUGCAUUUUUAGGCAUGCUGCUAAGGGAUUAAGCUUAUGAGCUAUUUGUCUCCCAUUUUCCUUUCAUGCCAAGGUUAUUUAUUAAUACCCCUCCAGGUCCGUGUAUUCCCUCUCUGCCCUCCCCUUAUGUGGCGGUGGGCCCCCUAUUUUCCCUCUGUUCUGUUUUUUGUUUUCAGUUAUAAAAAAAACACAUCUUUUUGAUGUGGUGGGUUGUAGAUCAUUAGAUGUGUUUUUUGUGUCCUUUUCAGGUGGUUUGUUGCUCUCCGCCUCUCCCUUGUUUCGUCGUAUGUUUUUCAAGUGUAUGCUGGUUUUACUUUUUAGAAAAUUUUGGUAGUAAAAAGUAUUCCCUAGU